CAGUUAGGAGGGGUAGGUCCUGAGGAUGGCGGACUUCUGCAGUCCCGACAGCGAUCAGACGACACGUACGCUCUUGCGUCGCGUGCUGGAUACAGCGGAUUCACGCACUCCGAGGCGACGCCGGAGUGCUCAGACUAAUGCACAGCGAACUUUGCUUCAAACACCUUCCUCCAAGAGGCAGGGUAGCCAGACAAGGACAAGUGCCAGAAGGCAUUCCUAUGGAACUAGGUCACUUGGCAGAUUGGCUCAUUUCCAAGCCAGUGGGCACCUGGAGGAACAGACACCCCGGACUCUGCUAAAGAAUAUCUUAGUAACUGCCCCGGAAUCUUCCGUUGUGGUGCCAGUCUCAGCGGUGAAGCCAGUACAGGUACCUGAGGUAGUCAGGUCUUCCAGACGGGAGAGCAGCAGGGGAAGCCUGGAGCUACAUCUUCCUGAACUGGAGCCCGCCUCAACCCUGGCUCCAGGCCUGCUGGUCCCUGGCAAAAGGAAGCAAAAGCUGAGACUGUCAGUAUUUCAGCAGGAAGUGAGCCAGGGGUCACCUGUCUCCCAAGAGAUGAGCUCUUUAGGGGACACUGUGGCUCAGGCUUUCCUCAUGUCUGGUGUCUGCUUCCAUCUUAACAGCUCCUUCAGCUUUGUCCCACCUGCUCAGCCACAGUCAAUAAAGAGACCUGGUCUGGCUCGCAGAUGUCCCAUACGCCGACCUGUGGAUGUCUGUGCACUUUUGCAGGAUCUGGAAGAUAAUUCCUUGACCUCAGCUCUUUCAGGUGACAAUUGUAGAACCCCUGUUGCUACUCUGCCGACGGAUGUAGUGUUGGAAGACACCCAGCCUUUCUCACAGCCCUUGGUUGGCUGUUCCCUCAGUGUGCACCACCCUCUGCCCACCCCUUCUCACACUUGUGCUGAAGAUGCUCAAAAAGCCGUGGGCCACAGCAUGCGAAGCCCUGGAAUUGAGCUGCAGAGCCACACUAGCAGAACUAGUUUUGGUACUACUCCUUUACCCUUCUCGGAGCCACAGCUGCAGCCUUCAGAACUAAGAGAAGCAGUGGGAUCCCAGGACACUGUGGAGGCCAAGGUUCCAGAAGGAUCUUCAGAGGAUGAGGAUACUUCUGGCAGGCCAGCAAGCCUGGAAUUAGUCUCCACCCCCCAUGACUCACUCCCGGACGAACAGCCACAUCAGUUUCUUGAGCCAACCCCACUUCCUGGAGUUGCAACCUUAUCUUCAGAGCCCCCGAAGUCUGUGCCAGCCAGCCUUCCACGCAGGACCCGGACUGCAGGUCCUAGGCACCGCCAAGACCCCUACAAGGCCGGACUGAGUCACUAUAUGAGGCUCUUCAGCUUCUAUACUAAGAUGCCUGUGGAGAAGAAGGCUCUUGAGGUGGUGGAGAAGUGCCUAGACAAGUACUUCCAGCACCUUUGCAGUGACCUAGAGGUGUUUGCUGCUCACGCUGGCCGUAAGACUGUGAAACCAGAGGACUUGGAGCUGCUGAUGCGACGGCAGGGACUGAUCACUGACCAAGUCUCACUGCAUGUGCUUGUGGAGCGGUACCUGCCCUUGGAGUACCGGCAGCUGCUCAUCCCCUGUGCAUGCAGUGGCAAUUCUGUCUUUCCUGCCCAGUAGCGGCCAGGCCUUAGCACUUGUCCUCUCCCCACCUCGGACAUCUUGAGCCCCACAAUCGUCAAGGUCUCCUCAUCUUCUCCUACCAAUAAAGUCUCACAAAUGGUUUGUUCUGCUUUUUGGUACAUGUCUUAGGGCUGGCCCAGAUCCGACCCACAGCCUAAAAAACAGUAUGAAUUUUGAUAAAAUAGUUUUAUACUGGAAGUACAUCAACAUUCAAGUAUUUAAGUUGCCCAUGGUGGUUCUAGCUUGCUGUCUCUGCCUCUCGAGGCCCGACGCGUUUGGUG